AUGAACACCUUUCCAGGGAACCCAUGUGAUUUUGAUGGAAAUGAUAUGCUGUGCACCUUAUCAGUCCAAGAUUUUGACUUGCUUUUGGCCGGAUCUAGAAAUGAAACUGACAUCCACAUGUCAGUAAUGAUAAUGGAUCCAUCAAUCAAGAGGGACCACACAUUCAAAAUCAGUCAUGAUGAAUGUGUUCUGCUAGAGAAAGACCUUUCUGAAGGGGAUGUCAAACUUUGCUUGACAUUUUCCACAGAUUCCAAGAGCAACUCUGGUGCCAUCAAUACAUCUGUCACUUUGUAUGUGGGGGAAGAGAGGGAAGGGCCAUUUGAGUGGCCAGACCCAGAUCCUGAGUACCACAAAUCCAACGAGCAAUCUCCUGUCGUUCGAGCCCUCGCAGGAGAAAGGAAUGAAACGGGAAACUGGUCUCUGGAAAUCAUCCUGCCUUGUGUUUGUAUCAUCUGCAUUAUCUUGGUCGUCAUCAUCUGGCACUGGCACUACCACUGCCACAAUCUCAUGCACCACCAGAGGACUCCCCCAGCCACCAAUGGUGAACCUUUCCAGGGGAGUGGAGAACCCAGGGUUCCAGAUUUGAGUGCUCCCAAUGAAGAAGAGAAAUCUCUUAUGCAUGUGAUUAUUUCUCCUCCAUCCAAUUGUGAUUCUGUCUUCCUUCUUAUUCCACUCUCUUGCAUUCAAGAAACCAAUCCCAAAGCUCAAGUCAAAGAAGGAAACUUGGAGUCCAUCUACAAGGAAAAAAAGGGUCUGAUCGUGAUGUCUAAUCCCCCAAAAGAUGAGAAGCGAGAGCGGAAGAGUCUCACCCGGCGAGAGAAACCCCGAGCAGAAGCCCACCGGACACGCACUUCGAUGCUCGCCUGA